AGCUGUGUCCAAUCACAGCUGAUCACAUGGGACAUGUACGCUGAUCAUCAGAGCAUUGAUGAUCAGUGUGCCCUGAUGAUCAGUGUAGCCCCAGCAGCGCCACCUGUCAGUGUCCAUCAGUGCCACGUGCCCAUCAUUCCAUCAGUGCCACGUGCCCAUCAGUGCCACAUCAAUGCCACAUAUCAGUGCCCAUCUGAGCUUCCUUUCAGUGUCACCCAUCAGUGCCACCUAUCAAUGCCAAUCAGUGCCUCCUAUCAGUGCUGCCAAUCAGAGCCACCUAUUAGUGCCGCCUAUCAGUGCCAGUCAGUGCCACCUAACAGUGCCAGUCAGUGCCGCCUUUCAGUGCCCAUCAGUGAUGCCAGUCAAUGCCCAUCAGUGCCACUACCAGUGCCUCCUCAUCAGUGCCACCUAUCAGUGUCCAUCAGUGCAGCCUAUCAGUGCCCAUCACUGCAGCCUCAUUAGCGCACAUCAGUGAAGGAGAAAAAUCACUUAUUUACAAAAUUUUAAACCAAAAACUAAGAAAAAACUUUUUUUUUUCAAAAUUUUCAGUGUUUUUGGUUUGUUUAAGAAAAAAUA